GCGGUGUACCCGGAGCGGCGGCCUUCGCCGGGGAAGCGGCGGUGUCUUCGAGGAAACCGGAAGCCCGUGGUGACCCCUGGCGACCCGUUUCCGAACGCUGGGGAAUCGAAACUCCGCGGCGCUGCGUAGCCUGACUUAGGGCUGUCAUGGAUACACUGGUAGAAGAUGAUAUCUGCAUUCUAAAUCAUGAAAAAGCCCAUAGGAGAGAUACAGUGACUCCAGUCUCAAUAUAUUCAGAUGAGUCUGUUGCUUCACAUUUUGCCCUUGUCACUGCAUAUGAAGACAUCAAAAAACGACUCAAGGAUUCAGAAAAAGAGAACUCUUUCCUAAAGAAAAGAAUAAGAUUUUUGGAAGAAAAGCUUACAGGUGCUUUAUUAGAUGAAGAAACAAGUUCUGUGGGACGAGAACAAGUAAAUAAGGCCUAUCAUGCAUAUCGAGAGGUUUGCAUUGAUAGAGAUAAUUUAAAGAGCAAAUUGGAUAAAAUGAAUAAAGACAACUCUGAAUCUUUGAAAGUAUUGAAUGAACAGCUGCAGUCUAAAGAAGUAGAACUCCUCCAGCUAAGAACAGAGGUGGAAACUCAGCAGGUGAUAAGGAAUUUAAAUCCACCUUCAUCAAACUGGGAGGUGGAAAAGUUGAGUUGUGACCUGAAGAUCCAUGGCUUGGAACAAGAACUAGAACUGAUGAAGAAAGAAUGUAAUAAUCUCAGAAUAGAGCUACAAAAAGCCAAACAAACGGAUCCAUCUCAGGAAGACAAUCUGCAGAGCAGAGAUCUCCAAAGACAAAGCAUUUCAAGUGAUGAUGUGCAAAAUGUAUACUGGGAGCUGAAGAGAGAAAUGUCUAAUUUACAUCUGGUGACUCAAGUACAGGUUGAAUUACUAAGAAAACUGAAAACCCCAACUGUGAUCAAGAAAGCGUGUGCCCCUGUAGGAUUCAUGGAAGACCAUGGGAAAGAAAGCACAAAACUGCACUUGACGAAUUUCACUGCAACAUACAGAAGACACCCCCCUCUCUCACCAAAUGGCAAAACUCUUUGUCAUACCACAUCUCCCCCUUUACCAGGAGAUGUAAAGAUUUUAUCAGAGAAAGCAAUUCUCCAAUCAUGGACAGAUAAUGAGAGACCUAUUCCUCAUGACUGUUCAAACUUUCAGGAACACUACUCGUAUGGCAGAAAUUCUCUGGAAGACAAUUCUUGGGUACUCCCAAGCCCUCCUAAAUCAAGUGAAACAGCAUUUGGGGAAACUAAAAAUAAAACUUUGCCUUUAGCCAUCCUGCCACCCCUGCAUAACUUGGAUCAACGUAAUCAAAACUGCCUUUAUAAGAAUUAAUUCUGAAGAGAUAUGUGACUUGGUCAUGAGGUUGCUGUACCUCCCGCAAGUAUUCUUGAGAAAUUAUUUAAUAAACUGAAAGCAGGUUUCGAUUAAACUUUUGCAGAGUUCUUCAAUGUACACAUUUGCACAUACUGUAACGUAUUAUGUAGUUGAUUUUCCAGUAUGAGAGCAACCCUCCAGCUUCACAUUCUGGCUAAGAAUCAGAUAUAUACUACUAAUAAAUUAAUAAACUUGAGGUGUUUCAAAAAGACAGUUCUGUCUUUGAUAAUGUUUGUACAUUUCUGCCUCACAUAAAGAAUGGAAUUGGAAGUUUUUAGAUAUGGUUUUACAAAGCAUGUGAAAUGUCUAAAUAGCUGUUCAUUAAAAAUAGAGGAGGCCAUUAAUAUAAGAGAAAAUUUAUAUAAGUUGCUUUAAGUUACAUAAGCAAAUGACAAUGCUAAUAGUUAACAUUUCCUGUUGAGAAAUAUAUGAAAAAUAUAAAUAGUGGGAUAACAGUAUGUAGGUUUUUCCAUCUCUAUAUGCUAUUGUGUUUCAAAAUUUAAAAUCAUUUUUAAUCACAAUGUUUUUGAUAAAGCUUAGAAUUGCAAUUUGAAUUUUAAGACUUGAAAUAACCUGACCAUAGAAGCCAACUUUAUCCCAGUACAUCUCCAGUCCUAAUUGAAAAGUGAUGAAAUAGUUGAAAGUCUAUGUAGUAUGUGAAUAACUAUUAUAAUCCAAUUAGAAGUAGAGCAUCACAAAGGUUUCAGUCUAAUCUAUCCCUUCAGGGUCCAUAAUGAAAAUCUAAAUGUGUAAUUUAUAAAGUAAUUUUCUUCAAAGCGUCUACAGUACACUCACUUAUUAUACAGAGCUGCUUAUAAAUUGUUAGAUUUUGGUUUGAAAUGUAAUGUGUUACUUAUUGAGUGAUUUUUAAUUAACUGAUUUAAGAAUUUUAAUUCUAGAAACCAAAUUCUGUACCAUAUUGAUAUCGUAUAAUUGCAAAAUGUCCUCAAACUUUUUUAUUCUAAGUGGCCUAUCAUUUAUAAACAAGAAAAUAACAAGGAUGGCUUCACAUGGAAACUUACAUCAAUUUUUCAGGGUUGCAGUAUUAAGAAUACUAGUAAUAAAAUGUAUUACUUGAUUUCAUACA